ACCCACAACUUUGUGAAUUUACAAUUCAUUACCACUUUUUCUUCAGCUGCUUCUUCUUCUGGCCCAGUGAAGAGAGUAAAAACUUCUUGCGUUUUGCCCCAAUUUCUGUUAGGGUUUCCUCUUCUCCUAUUCUUCCUUCGAGCUUUAAUUUCACAGUUUUUGUUGACGUUGGAAAUGGACGGCGAGGAGUUGACGGAGCAAGAGACUGCCCUGUAUGAUCGCCAAAUUAGGGUUUGGGGCGCUGAUGCUCAGAGAAGAUUGAGUAAAGCUCAUAUUUUGGUUUCUGGGAUUAAAGGAGUUGUUGCUGAGUUUUGCAAGAAUAUUGUACUGGCGGGUGUUGGUAGCUUGACCUUGGUGGAUGAUCGGGUUGUAACUGAAGAGGCUCUUCAUGCCAACUUUUUGAUUACUCCUGAUGAUGUGUCUAGUGGAAAAACUUUAGCCGAGCUUUGUUGUGAUUCUUUGAAAGAUUUUAAUCCAAUGGUCCGGGUUUCUGCUGAAAAAGGUGACUUGUCGAGCUUCGAUGUGGAUUUCUAUAGUAAGUUCGAUGUUGUGGUCGUCUGCUGUAGCUCGCUUUCAACGAAAAAAUUGAUCAAUGACAAGUGCCGAAAACUAUCAAAACGCGUAGCAUUCUAUACUGUUGAUUGUAAGGAUUCCUGUGGAGAAAUUUUUGUUGAUCUCCAACUUCAUAGAUAUUCAAAGAAAAAACUCGAGGAAACUGUUGACUGUGAACUGAAGUAUCCUAGUUUUAAGGAAGCAAUUUCAGUACCUUGGAAAACACUUCCACGGAGAGCGUCAAAGGUUUUCUUUGCCAUGAGAGUAUUAGAAAGAUUUGAAGAGGCCGAGGGACGAAAGUGUGGAGAAAUCUCAAUUGGUGAUCUUCCUGGUGUGAAGAAGUUGAAAAAGGAGCUGUGUGAGUCACAGUCUUUGAAUGAAUCUCAUAUCCCUGAUUCACUACUAGAAAGAUUAGUAGCUAAUGGAAGAGAAUUUCCUCCAGUCAGCGCCAUUGUAGGCGGCAUUCUUGGGCAGGAAGUUAUUAAGGCUAUAUCAGGCAAAGGAGAUCCCAUGAAGAACUUCUUCUUCUUCGAUGCCAUGGAUGGAAAGGGGGUAAUAGAGGACAUAUCAAACCCAGCUUAACAGAACCAACUGCCAUCAUUUUGAGAAUUGAGUAUUCAUUAAAACAAUUAUGCAGAAGAAACUGACUUCUUAUCUAUAACUGUUGCUUUAGUAUUUAUGUCCUUAAGUUAAGCUUAUGUUUGUGUUUGUACAUCUAACAAAAAACAUAGAAAGAAAAUACACAACUCGUAGAGGUCAACAUCAUAUGCUUUGUAGACAAAUAUGGACUAUUAUUGUCCAUUAUUGGGUAUGCAACUUUCUCUUCUAUGAAAGCUAAAAGUUUUCCACAUA